AUGGAUGAUUUUGAUUUAUUCACUCAAUCACCUGCUGAAGUAACACAAGUAUCAGAAUCACAAAAUACAAAUAUACAAGAGGAUGAUUUCUUUGGAACUGGAACUAUGACCAAUCCAAUAAAUACAGCACCAGUCGAUACUGUCAGUAAUAAUCCACCAGAAGAUUCUUGGGUUCUUGAAGAUAAUUUUAAUAAUACAACAACAUCAGAAACUAAUAUAUUAAGUGAAAAUACUUUAACUAAUUUAGAUUCAGCUUCACCAAUAACAUCAUUCGAUGAUAGUAUGUUAACAAAUCCAUCGAAUAUAAAUGAAUUAAAUACAUCUUCUACAAAUAAACUUCCAUCAACAACCGAUGAUGUUCUUUUUAAUGAUACAACAAUAACUGAUGGUUUUUAUAAUGAACCAGCAACAAAUGAUGUUCUUUAUAAUGAUCAAUCAACACUUCAAUCAGAAGAAACAUCAUCAUAUGAUAUGUUUUCACAACCUGUAUCAUCAUCUGUACCAGUUGAUACAAAUAUAUUUACAACAGGAAUAUCAUCAGAAGAAAAUUUAUCUGCAUUAGAAGCAUUUAAUAAACGUCGUCAACAAGAAAUAAAUGAAAAAGAUGAAGAAGAACGAAAAAAAAUUGAUACAUUACGACAACAAGCUAAAAAUGAUUUAGAACGUUGGUAUCAAGAACGAAAAUUACAUAUGGAAAAAAAUCGUUUAACAAUUCAAAAUGCUGAAGAUGAUUUACGUACAAAAUCAUUAGAAAAAAGUGAUAAAAAUAUAUGUGAUUGGGGUAAAGUUUUACGUUUUAUUGAAGUUAAUCAAGGUACACAAUUAUCAAAAGGAAAACGUGAUUUAAGUCGAAUGAAAGCUUGUAUUUUUCAAGCUAAACGUGAAAAUGAAAAACGAAUAUCAACAAAUGGAGUUUAA